AUGAGAGUAUCACCAGCAUUACUGCAACGCUCGAAACAGCUUAUAGAUAAGUAUGCAUUAUACGUGCCCAAGACGGGCUCCUUUCCUAAGGGAUUUGAAGUAGGCUACACUGCGUCUGGAGUCAAAAAAAACGGGAGCCUGGACCUGGGAGUAAUCUUGAAUACAAAUAAAUCUCGUCCUUCGACUGCAGCAGCUGUUUUCACAACCAACAAAUUCAAGGCUGCACCUGUAUUGACAUCGAAGAAGGUCCUUGAAGCUGCCCGUGGUAAAAACAUCAACGCUAUUGUAGUCAAUUCUGGAUGUGCUAACUCAGUCACAGGCGAUCUCGGUAUGAAAGAUGCCCAAGUAAUGAUCGAUUUGGUUAACGAUAAAAUUGGUCAAAAAAACUCCACCUUAGUCAUGUCUACAGGUGUUAUUGGACAACGACUACAGAUGGACAAGAUUAGUACUGGUAUCAAUAAGAUUUUUGGAGAAAAAAAAUUCGGCAGCGAUUUUAACUCUUGGUUGAACGUGGCCAAAUCAAUCUGUACAACUGAUACUUUUCCAAAAUUGGUUACAUCUAAAUUCAAAUUACCUAGUGGUACUGAGUAUACUUUGACGGGUAUGGCCAAAGGUGCAGGCAUGAUUUGUCCUAAUAUGGCUACCUUAUUGGGUUUUAUAGUUACAGAUCUUCCUAUCGAAAAUAAGGCGUUGCAGAAAAUGCUAACCUUUGCCACUACCCGUUCAUUUAAUUGUAUAUCAGUAGAUGGAGAUAUGAGCACCAAUGAUACAAUUUGUAUGUUAGCCAAUGGUGCUAUUGAUACUAGAGAAAUCAACGAAGGCUCUAAAGACUUUGAACAAGUAAAAUUACAGGUCACGGAAUUUGCUCAGCGCUUGGCCCAGUUAGUUGUUCGCGAUGGUGAAGGGUCGACAAAGUUUGUUACUGUUGACGUUAAAAAUGCGUUGCACUUCGAAGAUGCUAGAACAAUUGCUGAAUCAAUUUCGAAUUCUAUGUUGGUCAAAACUGCAUUAUAUGGGCAAGAUGCCAAUUGGGGAAGAAUCUUAUGCGCCAUCGGGUAUGCAAAGUUGAAUGACUUGAAAUCUCUAGAUGUCGAUAAGAUCAACGUUAGCUUUAUUGCUACUGACAAUUCUGAGCCUCGUGAGCUGAAGCUCGUUGUUAAUGGUGUGCCACAAUUAGAGAUUGACGAAGCAAGAGCUUCUGAAAUAUUGGCUUUGAAUGAUUUGGAAGUGUCUGUCGACUUAGGCACCGGUGAUCAGACAGCACAAUUUUGGACUUGUGAUUUAUCACAUGAAUAUGUAACAAUUAACGGUGAUUACCGUUCAUAG